AUGGUCCCGCUCGCCUGCUCUCGCGACAUUAUCGACGGACCGCAUCCCGAACGGCUGUUCAAACUUAGCGAGAAGGCGGUCGAACUUAAUGGUUGCCUGGCUGUUCUCGUUGUUGUUGUGCGGCAUCAUCCUCCUUCGCCCCGUCCGCCUCGAAACACUGUCCCUUCCGGCCCCUGGACGAUGAUCCCAGCGUGGACUGGGACCGUUUUAUCGUCCACAGACAAAAAGGCCGCCUUCCACUGUUACCUGUGCCAGAAAGGCUUCACGCGCAAUGAUCUCCUCAAUGCCCAUCUACGACGACACGAGAAGCGCGGCCAGGUCGCCGAGCUCGCGACGAAGUCCCAGUCGAACUCCACCUCCAGCCCUCCUCCGAUCGUGUCGCCCACCGCUGGGAAUAGCGGGCACGAGCAGUCGCCGGGAGAGCUCAAGUCCCCGACUGCCAGGGACUGGCAGUUCUCGCAGAACCAGCUCCACGACCCGCAGACCGUCACCGCGCCGCCCGUCGCAGCCACCGCUCCUGUGUCGAUGACGCAGUUUUCGAAUGCGAUCACCUUGCCCCCUCCGCCGGCCCAAAGUUCCGAUAACGCCCUGCUCUACCGCCCUGCGCAGCCCGCCGACGUUAUACCCCAGCAUCCUGUCUCGUCUGCCAGCAUCCUCCCGCACCAUUUGCCUCCACAACCGUUUGCGGCCGCGCCGGUGCUCGAUGACGAUUACACUUGGUUAUUUCACGGCGCGAGUCUCUUCGAUCUGCCGCCUGAUGACUAUCUUAACCUCCAUUUUGGCGGUAGCCUCGGCCCUGCCUCACCUACAGGAUUUUAUUCCCAGCCUUUAGACGCCCCGACCACUCAAUCUGAUUUCCCGCAAUACACCAUCCGCGAUCAUGAACGCCUUAUAGCCGACUGUCCCAAUCUUCUAACCGGUCUUCUCAAAUAUCCUGCCCAAAUAAACCAAAUCCUGCACCAGGCACUUGACUACUGUGAUAUAUAUUUGCCGCUCUUUCACCGCCCAACGUUCGAGAUCUCGUCGUGUCCGUCGGUGCUGCUUCUUGCACUAUGCAGCCUUGGAUCGUUUCUCAGCGGGUCUCCCGAACUAUAUGAAACCGGGAAGAUGCUUCAUAAGUACAUAUGGGGUUCAACAGUAGAAAAAGCUCUAGCUAGUCCUCGGGUGGAGAUGUGGUUCCUUCAGUCAUUGGUGCUUAUCGAGCAUAUUUGUACGUAUACGAUGGCUCGGCAACAGCAUGAGAUGGCGGAAAUCGUGCAUAGUAUGAUUGUCACUCUUGCUCGUCGAAAUAAUCUAUUAACAGAAAGUUUCCGACCGGAGAGUGGAUCCCGACAAUCCCUUGAGAUGAAAUGGAAGGACUGGGCCCAAAGAGAAUCCAUCAUUAGAAUCGCAUAUACGAUCUUCUCGAAUGAUGUUCAAUAUAGCGUGUUCUUCUCACAUCACGCUUUACUCUCCGUGGGGAUGAUGAAACUCCCGCUCCCAAGCCCCUCGGCUGUGUGGGAAGCACGUACAGCAGCGGAAUGGGAGACACAGCUGCGACAGAUAAAGAAGUCAACGAGAUCUCGUUAUUACAGCCUUGAUUCGGCUGUAGAAUCAGUCAUGUCAAUGAGAGAUCCGGACCAUAAGCGAGAAUUUAUGCAGUGCUUCAAUGUUUCGAACCCGCUGUCAAUACAUCUCCUCAUCCAUGGGAUUGCCGCAGCAAUAAGCGACUCUAAAUAUCGUUCUGUUGCCUCGUCGAUGACGUCCGCGACUGAAAGCCUGAAAAUGGCUGAUUUUGACGAAGCAUUGCGACACUGGCGAUCCUGUUUCGACAAACUCCCCGAAUCCGAUAGAAAAUCUAGGGUGUCGUGGUGCGCUCAAGUUAUGUAUCAUUUCUCUGCGGUCCUUCUUCGCAAUAAUCUGUCGGACAUCCAGAUGGCCGCAGGAAGCGCUUACUCCUCAGGUCGCGCCGUUACCCCCCAAUGCGCGCAAGCCGCAUACUCUCGGCUCGUAUCGACCGAUCCCGUGAGCCACGAUUCGUACCUUCAUGGAGUGGAAGUGGUCAGCUUGUGUUUACAAGAAGCCGACAGCCAAACCUCCCUGAAUACUGGCACCAUAGGUUUUCCGACAACGGAAACUCGGCCGCUAUGGCAGACUUAUGGCGCCUUUCUCGGUUUGCUUGUCCUUUGGGCGCGCACAUUAGGUUUGGAACGAGAGGACGGCGAGGAAAAAGGGCCAGCUAACGCGUCUACGAUUCUAUCGUCAAAUUCAAUCCCGGCAGUCGCGGCGACUACGUUGAAUAAUAUGUAUCAACGGGAGUUGGCGCGUGCGGAAUCUUCGCGGGAUGACGGGAGGAUGUUGAAAACCGAGUUACGCCAGUUGAUUGCGAUUGUGUGUGAUCGCCUAACGGCGCGGCCGUGGGAGAUAUCUCACGAAGCGGCUCGAAUUUUGACUUCCUUGGGAGAAAGAGAAGCACCAGGCCGGCAGUCAUUCAGCUCUCACAAUGGGAAUCACCCCAGAUAG